AAAGAGGAGGGGAGACUGUAGCAGCAGCAGCAGCAGCAGCAACGACAAACAGAUUGGGCGAAGGACUGAAAGUACCACUUUGGAACCGACAACCUGCUUUUCUGCUCUUUCUUUGGGAUUUAAAUUCACGCUUUUCCAGGGAAAUUCCUGGGAGGGAUUUGGGAAGAGUGACCUCAUUUCUUUCUCCAUUUGUCCACCAAUCACAAUGUCUGCUCCAGGCUAUCCAGGCUCUCCAAACCAUCCUCCUUACCCACAACCCGGCCAGUCCGCGCCCCCUUAUCCAGUCCCAGCUGGGGGAUAUCCCGGAGACCCCAGUCAGGCUCCCCCACCAGGCUUCAGCAUGGGCUACCACCAGGGCCAGCCUCCUGUUAUGUAUCAACCGGGCCCUGCUCCAGGUCCAGGACCGGACUACGGCGGCCAGUCAAUGGGAAUGUCUCCAGCUCCGGCUCCUGUCGGCGUCCCGCCUGGACUCGAGUACCUAACACAGAUCGACCAGAUCCUGAUCCAUCAGAAAGUUGAGCUCCUGGAAGCUUUCAUUGGGUUUGAGACGAACAACCAGUACGAGAUCAAAAACAGUCUGGGCCAGAAGAUCUACAAGGCCAAGGAGAAGAACGACUGCUGCACCAGGAACUGCUGCGGCUCUCUGCGCAGCUUCGACAUGACGAUCAAGGACAACAUGGACAGGGAGGUCAUCCGUCUCAUCCGGCCCUUCCGAUGCGUCUCCUGCUGGUGUCCCUGCUGUCUGCAGGAGAUGGAGGUCCAGGCUCCGCCGGGAACCACCGUAGGGUUCAUCAAACAGGACUGGCAUCCUUUCCUGCCAAAGUUCUCCAUCCAGGGACCAGAGGGAGAGACGCUGCUGAAACUGGAGGGGCCCUGCUUCGCCUGCAACUGCUGUGGGGACGUCAACUUUGAGCUGACGGGUAAAGAUGGCGGACCAUCCAUUGGUCGGAUCAGCAAGCAGUGGAGCGGCCUCUUGAAGGAAGUCUUCACAGACACGGACAACUUCGGCAUUCAAUUCCCAAUGGACCUGGACGUAAAGAUGAAGGCUGUCCUCAUGGGCGCCUGCUUCCUCAUUGACUUCAUGUUCUUCGAGAAAGUGGGAGAGGCAAACCAACGCAGCUCUGUGUUUUCAUAACCGAGUGCCUGAGUCCAUGUCCGUUGUCCAGUUCCUGUCUUGGUUUCUUCAGCAGAAAGUCCAGCGUUCAUUUAUAAAUGUAAAAAAAAAAACAUGAUUAGAUUCAGUAUAUUUGGGCUUCAGUCCAAUUUGAUCUUACUUGGAAGGAUGUUAAUGAUCCCCACACUCCGUAGUUUUUACAUGUUCAUUUAAUUUGUGAUAAAAUGUAAAAAAAAAUAAAAAAUCUCCACCUGUCUUCUAUCUUACUUAGCUCAGCAUAUCCAAAUACUGUUGAAUGUGCUUUCUGCUGCCAUCUCUCUCUGUGCUUUUUCUUGUUAUUGACAUUUGUCAAUAUAUAUUUUACAAUAUGUGAUAUCGUUGUCAUGCUCAUGGAGCAUUCAUAGUAAACAUAGUGUAAGUGCAAUAUCCUUUUGGAUGCAGAAGGCGUAUUAAUCACUUUGUUUUUAAAGUCAUGGCAGCAUGUAGCUGAUGCCAUUGUCUGCGUUUGUUCAAAUCACUUCAGCUCUGCAGUUUUGGUUCAGUUAUGAUCCAAUAUUCAUAGAACUAACAAUUUUUUAUGUACCUUUUUACUUACACAGAUAUUAUCCUGUAAAUACGUGUUAUAGUCUAAUGUAGAAUGUUAUAACCAAUCUACCUGCUCAGUAUCGCAUUAUUAGUUUAGAUACUGUUUAACCAAAGCACCAUUCUGCUAGAGGAAAGCCAAAAGCAGUCUUGACUUCUUAGUUUUAGCAUUUAUCUGAAGCUACUAUUCAAACUUUGUAUCAUUUAACUUGAUAAGGAAGUGGUCUUUGAGCUGGUCUGAUUACAAAAUAAAGAAAAGAAAAACUCGCGAACUUCGAGUUGUUGCAUGCUGACAGGAUUUACCGAAGUGGUCAUUUCCCUUGCUUGCUUCACUGCUCUAAGUUGAAACCACCGGCGUCUACAGGCUGUGGUGCGAGAUAAAGCUGCAAAGAGUGUAAAGUGAGUGAUAACGUGCCCGCUUAGUGUUUGCCAUGGAAAUGGCGCGAGCAGCUGAACUUUACCCUGCAGGUUUCCCUCAGUUCCCUGUGAUUGCACGGCUUAAAAGUGAAUUGAACAAGAUGAUGACAAAUUGUUGUGCGGCACGAAUAGGAAGCUAAAGGAAAAAAAUAAGACGAAGUUGUGGUUCGUGACCUCAUUGGGUUUUGUCAAAGUUGAAAAAAACAAAACAAAAAAAAACACUCAGAAUGAACCCGUGUGAGCUCUCACCUUACGGUGGUUUAUGUUGUUUAUAGAAAAAAAAAACAGGUAGUUUGAUGAAUGUAAAUGAUCUGCUAUGCAUUCAAUACUCUCACUCCUAGUGGUUGUGCUCUUGAGGAUAACACGGGCGUGACCCUGUGAACCUUUUUUUUUGCCACUGACGCUCACUGUUAACAUUCAUUUCCCUUUCCCAUGUGCCAGUAAUCUCAUCUCCAAAGAAGGCAAAGUGUGUGCAGUGCAGAUAUUCGGUGUAAUUUGCAGUGCAUGCUUUUGUAACACACAAGUGGCAGAAGUUGUACUUUCCUUUCUAUUUUUUUUCUGUAACUUUUGCAUUUUUUACAGACGAAAAUCUCAUAAAUUAAACCAAUGUUACUUUAAACCUG